UCAGCAGCAGCACAGCUUCUCAACGCCACAGCAGAGACACAUGAAAACGCCACUGCUGCUGUUUUUGCACCCAAACCUUGGCGGAAGCUGUCAGUCAUGUCUGGCAGCUUUGUUCUCUUCUCAAGACUCUCUGUGGGGAUCUGCGCUGCUGUCAUACUGAUUGCAAUGUGUUCCCACGCUGCAAGAGCAAGUCCAGCAGUACCUAUAAUCCAAAAGACAGAGAAGUACAGCAUCCUGAGACGAUUCAAUCCUGAGCAGCAGGUUCCCUCCUUAGCUGGUCAGCUGGGCAAAGAGCAAGUCCAAACACCAGCAGACACCCUGUUCAUCAGCAGUCAUCAAUCCUAUCCUGUCCACUUUACUCAAGGUAGCUUCAGUUACAGUCAGAACAGCCUCCAUAAGACGCGGCCUCGAGUGAAAAUAACCAAACUACAGAGAGGUGGAAUGAUGAGGCCAGCAAGCAGCACUUUCACCACUGAUUCCCCGUACAAAGGACCAGAGUUUGAUGAAUCCAGAAUUCCUGAUGAUGGUCUUCCUCAGAAAGAUGAAAACGCUGAAAAUAAGUACAACUCUAACACUGACUGGAUUAAAUAUCUGAAGAAACCUGGCAGCGAAGGAGGAAUCCCAAUAACUACCUUCUCAAAGGCAGAUGAAGACAAGUCUGAAAGAAAGCUAAAUUUUGUUUUUCCAUCCCAGACAGGAAGACUUCAGAGGACUCAACUUCUAACCCAAAGGGGGCUUGGCAGUGGCUUUUUGGAAACGGAUCAGCUUCCCACGGUCAGAGUCCAGAGCGAUGCCAGUAGGAUGCCACUACAAAGCGUCUUUGACUUUACAAAUCAGGCUUGGGGUGGCGCUCGAUCUCUCAGGAACAGUUUAAGUGUUAUUAGACGAAACUCGAUCCAAGAAAAGCCAACAUCCAUCUCAAAACUCCCACAGAACCAAAACUUUGUAAGCAGUAAAGAAAUGCCAGAACACAAUAACAUCCAGACAUAUCUCUUUAAAGAAUCCCCAGCUCAGAUUUACACCAUGAAGAAUGUUGGGCAGAAAGCUUUUAGAGGACAGAGAAAUACUGCUAACUGGGCCCAGAAGCAAAGACUAUCUGGGACGCAAGAGAAAAGUAGAUUUAUUUCUAAUCUCAAUCAUUUUACCAGAACAGACCCAAACAAGGAGGAAUCUGAAGCCCAAAUUGUUUUUGGUAGACGUCAGGCCAUUUUCUGUCCCACUCCACACAAGGCUGCAGCCCCUACUCCAGGUUUUCUGCAUCCUGCUUCAGAGGACAGGAAUCUGCAAAAUCUUGUCUCUGCAGUUCAUUCUCAAGAUGGCAGAAGGGCAUUUGUUGUACUGGACCGAGUCGAUGUGCCUUCAAGAGAGCCAAGACAGGAGUUCACAGCAGGUCAGUCUGUUAAAAAAUUUCAUUGCCUCGAUGGGCUCAUCAACCCCGAGAGGGGUCCGUCCUCUGCAGACAAAACACGAUCCACCCUGGAGAAACGAGUAGACAUUGGGUUUAAAUUUUCAAAUCCUUAUCCUUCUUUAUCACAAAAGUACAGCUUUGGUCAGAAAAGAGUUGUUGCUACAACUACCACACCAGCUAAACAGGGCACGGUACAAAUGAGUCCACCUUCCCCUGUAGCCCAAGUCAGCAGUACACCCACUGUUCAACCCUUCACAUCAAUGCUCAAAAGUCAGCAACCUGAAACUGGGGCAAGCAUGAACAGACAUGAAAACGGAUUCAGGCCCUACAAGGGAAAGUUCGGUCUAGAAGGAUAUGGCGGCCAACCACUUGAGGGAGCCAAAGCUUUACCUCAGAGCACCGACUCACCCGUCAAAUCCAAACCAAGUUUCAAAGUGUUUGAACUCAUGAGCUCUGAGGUCUCCAGACCCAAACCCAUCAGGAUUUACAGACUGUACAAUCAGAGAGACGACAAGGAGCCAGGUCGCACUGGUGACUUCAAAAUGCCUCCAAAAUUUUCAAGAGCAGAUGGCUCAGUCUCAUUUGCAUACAACAUUCUUCAUGGAUUUCUGCCCAGUAAAAACCAAACUGUGGGCACUCGCAGCAGAACCAGCUGGAAAUAUCCAGCACGGAUUUCUCUGAUGGUCUCGUCAUCUAAUUUUAGCUCUCUAGAUCAGUCCGCAGAUGAACUGAAGCCGAUAGCAGCUGACGGAAACAAACCUGCCGCAGAGGAGGUGCCUGAGUUCAGGACCCUCACCAGCCGCACAGUGAGGGGCAAACGGGUCAGGCUGACCCAAACUGGCAGCAGAAGCCCCCUCAGACCCAUCGCCAUCAAUGCAACGGGCAACUCGGUCAUACGCAGGCUGCCCAGGGUGAAAGCCGUCACGUACGAGGACGUCCCGGGAAGUGCUUCGUUCAGCAGUGUGAGGUCACCGGGUCACCAGGAUCGUUUCCCAAACAUGACGACUGUUCAGGGAGAAGGCUGGAGCUCAAAAUCGGAUGACGUCAAGAACGUGAGCGGAAGUCCUAAAGCAAAUGUCACCAACGAGGAGACAGGGAGUGUUUACAGGAAGGAAGGAGCAGACAGUGCAGUAGAAACGUCAGAUUUGUUUUUCGAGAGUGAAGGAAGUGGAAGUUUGGAUCUGUCCGAUGUUUUAUCAAGCGCCUCGGAGAACGGGCCUGCAGGAAAUGACCUGCUGGAGCUUGACUACCUCCAAAAAUCCACUGGCAACGUCUCCUUCAAAUCAGUGAGUGAAUCACAUCUGCAGCAGCAGUAG